AUGGAAGUGGAGGCUAUCAACUCGUUAAUAGAGGAGCUUAUCACUAAGGUCGCGCGUCUCUUAGUAGACGCCCAUGGAUCACAACAUCUCAAAGGUCUCAAGCAUCGGGUGAAGGCCGCGCUGCGUCUUGGAGUCCAUGGGCGAACGAAUCAAUUUGAAGUCACUCGGCAGCUCGAAGGAUUGCAAGAAAAGUUUCAAGUCCUCAAUCGAGACGAGCUUGCAGAAGGUCUCCGCUGUCGUCUUCUUCAAUUGGAACAGUAUUCAAAUUCAUGGCAUCCUGAAAUUCUGAGCUUCUUACUGCAAUUGUCUGAUCGCCCAGCGCUGCUCGUGGACAGUAAGGUCUCACGAGCGCCGUCCGUUCCAAAUCCCAAUCAGCCAUUAUCAUGGGCAGAUCUAGGGGCUCAUGGUGUGGCAUAUAGCGACGAAGAGAUUUGGGAUGAUGUCGACUUCGGCCCCGACUCAUCAGACGAUGAGCUUGCUUCUGAGGGUGGUAGUGGGUUCCUUCAGGAACGCCCUCUGCAUGCUUCCACUGCGGAGGCUCCGAAUUACCAGAUUCCCGACAACACAUUCGUGGAUGGAGACGCAGAGGAACUUCUGCCUUCCAUCGAGAAUGCGCAAUUCUGGAGGCCUGAAAAUGCUCAAAAGACAGGAAGUGGGCCUCUCGCCAUUACCGAGUUGCAACUAGCGCGUGAAACGAUAUUCAUGCUUCAAGCUUUGCCGACCUCGAUUUUUGAAUUUGUUGCCGGGGACAUUCUUGUUGACCGUCGCUUCACACUCACUCAUGCAUCAGAAUUGGGGAUUGGCUCUUUGUUGGAAGCUUUUGCUCAAAAGGGUAUCAGGAUCAAUUUACUUCGGCAAUUCACAAAUGCAACGCAGCAAACUGCAUACAUGCAAACAUUUUCUCAAGGCGUUGGUCAAUCCCUGCGUGGGUUUGACGAGGUCCUCUGCACGAUGCAACGCCAAUAUCUGUCGCCUGGCUCAAUUGUAAGCCUUCUUCAGCUCUACGAUACAAUUAGCCGAGCUUCACAUCAGUUGUUGUUGCUGUCGGAGUUGGUCUCAGACCUCGAGGGAUCGGAUGAAAGCCCGAUGCGUUGCCUUGAUCUUCUCUUUGACCUUGUGUGCAUGACAGAAGCUUCAGGAGACGAAAAAACCUCCAAGAACUUGGGCAACCUCUUCCUUUCAUGCUUCAAGACCUAUGCACAGUCUGUCCAGAGCUGGAUGGCAGACGGUCAAAUCGACUCUUCUGAUACUGCUUUCUUUGUCAAGCGAAAAAAUACACAUGGGGACUUGCGGACGAUAUGGUAUGACUGGUUUGAGAUCAACGAAGGGCCCAAUCGACAGAAUAUCCCCAAGUUUUUGCAGCCGAGUCUUCAAAAGGUGUUCACGACCGGCAAAAGCAAGGUCUUCUUACGAAACUUGAAUGCUCUUCCAGAGGAUCACGAAGCCAAUUCAGCCAGCACGUUGUUUGACAUGGUCUUUUCCGGGACAGUCCAUCAAGCGCUACCCUUUUCUGUUCGGGUGGAAAAUGCCUUCAAUCAACUGGUUGAUUUCUAUCAUUCGACCAGUGCGGGCUUGCUACAGAUUGAACUUGACUCACAAUGUGGGAUCUGGCAUUCAUUCGUAGCCUUGAAACAGGUGUACUUGGGCGAAGACAUAAGCGCGCUUGCCGUUCUCGAUGGCAAGAUAUUCGACUUGAUAGAUCGCGGUCGUGCUUGGGAUGAUAGGUUUCUCUUAACCGAGGUUGCUCGUUCUGCAUUCAGUGUGUUGGCUCACGUCGACGUAUCGAGAGUGGUCGUACGAACACAGGUCGGACUCCACUCAGCCGGGAAUUCCUCGAGUCUGAGUCGAAGUGUGCAGAUUCUCGAGAGCAUAUCAAUCGACUAUGUUCUCCCUUGGGCCCUCACGAACAUCGUUCCACGCGACGCCAUUCGAAUUUACCAACGGAUUUCCGCCUUUCUCAUGCAGAUUCGCCGGUCAAAGUAUGCUCUUGUCAAGCAUCGCAUACGCCAAGGGCGUAAUAUUGUGACUGGCGAGGCGAAUGAAGCACUCGUGUGCAGUCUUUACCACAAUCUCACGUGGUUCCUUGAUACUCUUUACUCACACUUGGCUUAUGUCGCGAUAUCAGCUUCCACUGCGGCUCUGCACCAGGCUCUGCACGACGCUCAGGAUUUGGACGCAAUUAUUGCUGCUCAUGACCACUACAUCCUCUCACUAGAGGAGCAGUGUCUCCUUUCGCAAGACCUGAAGCCAAUUCAUCAAAUUUUUGUGAAGAUCAUGGAUCUUGCAAUUCAACUUGUUGAUCUGCAAACAGUUCACGCAGCUGAAGGAGAAUCGCCCAAGCAUGGUGACAUUGAUGUGUCUAAGGAGCGGCGGCGACGAAAGCAGACUAUCGAGAGUGGUUCGGACUCAGACUCGGAGCUGGAUGAUGGCUUCGAGUAUGAACAAACUCUAACCAUUUCAUUCAAUGAGUCGUCUUACGAUGCUCAACUGCGGAACUUAAGACCUCGGUUCGAGAGUCUGAUCUCGUCGGUUGUAGAUAGUUUGAAGGGUAUCGCUCGCUCGAAUGGCCACUCAAAUUGGAACAUCUUGGCAGAACGUCUGGAAUGGAGACUUAGACAGAGCGUCAAUUGA